UUUUACUUCACCACACAUUGUUAGAAAGAGUCCAAAAGAAUUUACGACUUAAGGAUAUUGUUCAAUUACAUGAGCUAUUCUUUGAACUUCCACAAGACUUUGCUGAGUUGGUGGCGGAAGCAUUUCGAAAAAGAAUUAUUGUGCAUUUGCAAAAUAGUCUUAAAUGUCCAAAUUUGCCGUCAAAACAUUCAGAAGCAAUAUUUCAAUUUUUAGAAAGUGAAAAACUUUUUUGGACAUCCGAUGAUUAUAUUAAAAUAUUAGACUUAUUCUCUCAGUUCACUGACAUUCAAAUGUUGUAUCAUUUUCAUAAACUAUUAAAAACCUUUCAAGAUGAGUAUGAUGACCUCAAAGAAGAACGGGAGACCCUUUUUAAAAUUUGUAAAAAAUGGUAUGAACGCCUCUUGGAUCGUUUAACUACCUCAUCUCGUAUUCAACAGAAUACUAUCCUUUUGAUUUUCCAUCAUGCAUCACUUCUCCAUGGGAGAAUUGGAAGACAUACAGUGCUCUGGAAAAAAAUAAUAGAACUCGCUGUCCAUAGUAUAAAACAAUUUCCCGAAAGUCUUGUUUUCAAAGCUAUGCCAAGUGUUGAGAAGCUUCCUCCGGAAAUUGUUAUGCAUUUUCGCCGAAUAAUUGAAGAAAUGUUGACUGCAUCCACGCAACAUAUCGAUGAUCAAUUGAUCAUAAGAAUUAGGCAAAUUGGUGCUCUUUCAGAUGAACAACUUGUGAUUCCGAGCUCGCUAAGCGAAAAUUUGAUUUGUCAUAUUAUUGAAUGUUUGGAAAUAAAUCACCCAUCUUAUGAUACGGAUUUAGAUACAGCUCCGGCAAGUUUUCUUCUAUCCCUUCUUAGUGCAGCAAAUUUUUGGAAAAUGAUCUUGAGAGCUGAUGGUUAUGUGGAAAAGUUAAAUUCACUUCAUUACAUUAAGAUAGUUAAAAGAGCGAUUUCACAAUUGGGCCUUGAUAUAAUAAAAGAAUCAAUUGAUAUUUUUCUCUUACAAAAUAUUUGCAAAUAUGAUGACGAUUUUUUAUUCACAUAUUUUGAGUCUGUAUCAAUACUUGAUGAUGAAAAUGUUGAGGUACAAGUCACAAAAAAGAUUUUAGAAUCAAUUAAGAAACAAACCAGAGAAUAUUUGCAAACGUUUGAGCAUCUUAAUGCUUUCUAUGUACGAUAUUGUUCAGUCGCUAAGGUCAUAGAUGAACAGGACUAUAUUAGUCUUUUACAUGGACAAAAGAACAUGUGGGAAUCAAUUUCACUUGACCAAACCCGGCGUCCAGAAAUAUGGGAGGAUCAUUAUGAGAUUUUAGAUGUUGCCAAGAAAGUUUACAAAUACAAUAAAUCCCAAACAUUUUAUAACGUUUUUGAAAAAAUUUUGCAAGAAAUCCCGAAUGAAAUAAAUGUACAAACCCUUGUACAAGAUAUUAUGCCGGAAGUUUUUGAAUCAUACGUUAAAGAUUGUUCUAAAUUUCAAAAUUGGGAAGAUCUUCAGUUGACUUUCGCAGCAAUGUUUUGGAAAAAAGUCACAAAUAUCAAUGCUGAGCUUGAAUUCAUGGCUGAAUUUAUUCCCAAGAAUCAAGAUCAAAAGUACAUGAUGACUCUUAAUUAUCUUUCUGAAAUUUUGAAAAUAACACAAAAGUUACAUCAACUAUCAACUGUGUUAGAAAUGUUUAACGUGCCUCGGAGUGAACAGGAUUGGCUCUCAAAAGCUCUUAGUGAUCUUGAAGAGCAAUCGAUCUUUUUAGGUCAAUUAAGCUCUGUAUUUGAUACUAUUAGUAAUUAUCUUGACAUCAUUGAUGAAAAUGGCUGGUCAUUAAUUAAAGAGCUUUCAAUUGCUGAAGACUUUAUCAUUUUUCUCAGAUCUAUUGCGGAACACGAUCUUAAAAAUCUUAUAAAUGGUGUCGAUGAUCAUUCUGAUGAACGAUUGAUUCAGGAAGACACAGUUUCAUCUCUUAUUCAAGUUAAACAAUUCUUGUUUCCACUAUUGAAUGCUGCACCAACCUUAACCUUGGAUACAUUUUUACAAGAAUUAUUUAAAGUCAUUGAAUUGAAUCCAACACUCGCAACAAAAGUUACAUUAUGCAAUAGCAACAAUAUGGCAUUACAAAAUAUGUAUUCAAACAUUAGUAACAGAGGAGAGGUGACUAAAGAAAAGAUUCGAAAUGCUGUUAAAAUUGGAACUUAUAAAUUUGAAUGGAAAUCGACAGAUAAAAAGUGUUCAGUGAAUUUAUCAUAUCCAAUUACAAAAACAAGAAUUGUCACAUAUAAUUUUAAUGAUUUGCAGGAUUUGCGAGGACGGGCUCUUUUAAUUGCAAAACCAGAUAUCACAAUUAGAGGUUCGAACGAUGGGAACGAAGAAGAUAAAACAAAGGAUAUAAUGGAUGAAUUUGUACGUCAAGUGGAUAUAGCUCAGGAUAUCGUUAAUAAUAUUGCCGCGAAAUUGAUUGAAACCGGUCAUUUUGGAUAUAGAGAGUUUCAAACUUCAGUAAAAGGGUCUGUAAAUAUGAUUCAAUUGGUCGAAAAAUUAAAAGCGGAGCUUAGAAAAUGGGAAAAUUUAGUGAAUAAAGCACAGGAAAAUCAUUACUAUCUAACAUUCUUUCCAGCACGACAUAUCCUAGAAUUUUAUGAUUUUUUCACAAGUCGUUCACCCAGCAAUACUAAAAUAUGCCAAACACUCGUUAAAUUUGUAAACCCGAAUGCCAAACUACAGACUAGAGACAGAGUUUUAACAAUUGCUCAAAUCCGAAAGGAUUCGCAUCUUCAGAUAUUGAAUGAUAUUGGAACUAAACUGCAACAUAUUUUUGAAGCGCCAAAAACCCCACGUCUCCUAAAAACCCCAAUAGAACGCGUAGCGUCAGAUGUUGUAAGUCGUGGAAAACUAUUUGUUGCCGCAUGCAAUGACAAGUCACGUGUUCCGAACAUUAUAAUGUCGUUGUAUGCAAAUCAUGGGUCGCUUCCUGAGCCUUGGCAAAUCCUGAUUUGUACUUCUUCCACAACUUCGGAAGAACUUUCAAUAUUUAUCAAAAGAUUGAACAAGAUUCGAUCCAUGCGAGAAAAAGAACCCAAUUACUUCCUAGCGUUAAUCUGCUAUUCUGAAGGUGGAAUGCAACAUCACAUAUUGGAUCAAUUUUCACAAGAUGUUCAUCCAACAAACGGUCUAAGUUCUAGUGCGAUGUCAACUAUUUAUCAAAAAUUAUGUUCUAAUGUUACAUGCGUAUCAUCGGAUCUUUCAGGCCAGGGCAAAACGGAAUGGAUUAGGCGACAGUGCUUUGAAAAUAAUAAACUUCCAAAGAGUAUUCUCAUUAGUGAUGGAGCUGAUUUUGGAAAGCUUGUUAGGCAAUUAAAAGAGUUUACACUUAGACCAAUAGAAUGCGUGCAUAUAAAUAUAAUUUCAUCAGAUUAUCCCGGUGAUGUUAAUUUGUUUCUUUUUGAACUUUUAAGUUUUGGAAUUGUAUCUAAUAAUGCCGAUAUAGCAAGCCUUCCUCGCACAUUCAUAUAUAUUGAGAUUGCAUCGAGCUUCCAACAGCAUUUACUAAGAUCACUUCCGAUGAUGGAUUAUUUGCCGAAACAUCAUAUUACAUGGAAUAUUACUAAUUUGAUAAUCUCACGAGAUAUUAAUAGUCCCAUGCAAAUAGUAUGUCGUUACUUAUUUGCACUUUAUAUGCGUCAGAUUGAUACAAAAAACAUUUCGUUCAUAGACACAAGCACAAAAAAUGAUGAAAUAUGCGAUGCACUAUGUCGAGAACUUAUAAAUCGAUAUUUCUUUAAAGACAAUAAUUCAGAGGAAAUACUAUCAUUCCGAUUUUUGGAAAUUUUUAUUAAUGUCUUUGCUAAUCAGUUAAUUCGACUAUCUUCAAGUUCAUAUUUCAAAGUUGAAAAUUUAGCUUUAAUGCUUGAAGAAGAAACAAAUAUUAGGACGACAUUAAUAGAAACGUUAUUAGAAGUAUCAAAGGAUUUCGCCGUGAGGUCAAUUCAAACGAAAUCAGCACAAUUAGAGGCAACUUCAUUUGAUGGCACUGAAAAUACACAAUUAAGUACAAUUGUGAAGUGGGAUGAUUCAAAUCAUUUAUUAGUAUUUUUUUUAUCACAAGCACCAGAUUCUAUUUGUGCCUUGUAUCGCGAUAAGGAAAAAGUACCCGAAAAUGUCCAAACAUUGCUUAAAAGCCAAUUUAUCGCACAAAAUUUGGAACAAUGGGAGCUGGAUGAUUAUGCGAAAAUGUCGGCCGAAGUUCUAUUAGAAAAAUUGGAAAGCAUUGCUAGAAAAACAUUUCAUAAGAUUGAAUAUACACCUUACGCGUUGUCUGCAGAUAAUUUGGUGAAGAUGGCAUUAAUCUUAUUGAGAACACGUGCAAAUAUUCCGGUUGUCAUUUCUGGAGAAGCUGGAUGUGGAAAGACAAGUUUGAUUGGAUUCUUGGCCGAAGUUGUUGGAGCUCAAUUCUUUGCUCUUAAUCUUCAUGCUGGAAUUAACGAACAAAUUAUUACUGAAUUCAUGAUCAACGCCCGUAAUAAUGCCAAGAAAGGCGAAGUUUGGAUAUUUUUUGAUGAGAUUAAUACUUGCAAUCACAUAGGUCUUCUUUCGGACUUAAUAGCUCAUAGAAUUUAUCUUGGCAACUCAAUACAUCACAACAUUCGAUUGUUUGCUGCGUGUAAUCCUUACAGGAUUCGCACCAAAAGUAUUAGCGAGGCUGGAUUACAAACUAAGAAAAUUAAGAAAUAUGAAGAACAAAGUAAUCUUGUUUACGAAGUAAAACCGCUUCCAGAUCAAAUCCUUGAUUAUGUCUGGGAUUAUGGUAUACUUCAACCAGAUGAUGAAAAAAAAUAUAUUCAAAUCAUGGUAGCUACACAAUUAAAGGAAUUAAAUCACCCAGCUUUAGCUGACAUAUUAUCGGCCUCCCAACAAUAUAUUCGAAGUGUAGAAGAACCAUAUAGCGUUAGUCUUCGUGACAUAAAGCGUGCAAUAAUUUUAAUUCAAUUCUUUUACGAGAGUUUACAAAAUCGUCCUCCAAUUCGUAAAAAUGCAUCGAAAUAUCCGCCGGAUUCACAUAUUAACAUUCGUUCAUAUAUUUUAGCAUUAGGGCUUUGUUAUCAAUCGAGGUUAUAUGACCAAUCAUUACGCAAAAAAUAUAGAGAGAUUAUGUGUGAAAUAUUUAAAACUUAUGAUGUUGAUGUAGAUGAAAAAGAAUUCAUUAAGAUUAUUAGAGAUGAACAAGAAGAUUAUAUUAAUAGGAUGGUCUGUCCGCCAAAUACUGCAAAAAAUGAGGCGCUUCUGGAAAAUGUUUUAGUUAUGACCGUUUGUAUUUUAACCAGAAUACCUGUUUUUAUUAUCGGCGCGCCUGGAUCUUCAAAAUCAUUGGCCAUUCGCCUUGUUGGCCAAAAUCUGCGUGGGUCUGAUUCGAAUGAUGAAUACUUUAGGAAAUUGCCACAGGUAUACCUUAUUCCUCAUCAAGGUUCAUCAUCUUCAACAUCCGAGGGAAUUUUAAAGGUUUUUCAAAAAGCUCAAAACUUUCAAGAGACAAGUUCAAAUGAAUUUCCCGUAAUCAGUGUAGUUCUAUUGGAUGAAGUAGGACUGGCUGAGACAAGUCCAUUUAAUCCGUUGAAGGUACUUCAUUCAUUAUUGGAACCAAGUUAUAAAUCUAGCCGCCCUAGCGUUUCUGUUAUUGGAAUAAGUAAUUGGAGGUUGGACAAUAGCAAAAGUAGUAGAGCUUUAUUAGUUCAAAGGUUUGACUUAGAUGAUCUGGUGGAUACUGCAGCUCGAAUAUUGGACAAUAAAAUUUCUGACCAUAUUCAAAAAGCAUCUUUAUACCCACUCGCAAAAGCAUAUUCCAUUUAUGAGCAAGAAGGUCAAAUCAUUCCAAACUUCCAUGGCCUAAGAGAUUACUAUGCUUUCAUUAAAUCCCUUUCUUUGAAUGAUCUAACUCCAGAAAAUAUUCAAAUGUCGUUGGCGAGGAAUUUUGGUGGUACCAACAAAUUUGCCGAAAUAUGUCAAAAAUAUUUUGAUAACGCAAUAAAUGAAUUUAAUAAUCAUAGAGGUUGGAUUUAUAAUCCUAUACCUACUGAACAGUUAAUACAUUUGAAUUUGGAUGAUGAGGGUGCGAGACAUUUAAUGGCUAUUGGAAAAAGCGAUUCUGUAGUUAAUUUAUUGGCAUAUCAAUUAAGACAGAGAAAUUUAGACCCCGUUAUUAUUUUUGGAUCACAGUUUCCUGAUGAUCAGGAUGAUUAUUCCUACAGCGUUCUAAAUAGAAUUAUGAUGUGUGUUGAAGCGGGAAAACCGUUAAUUUUGACAGAUUUAGAGAUUAUUUAUGGAAGCCUUUAUGAUUUGUGGAAUCAAAAUUAUAUAGUUGUCGGAAGUGCUGAAGACCCAAAGUAUUAUACCAGGGUAGCACUUGGGGCUUAUGCUAAUCCGAUGUUGUAUGUCAACAAGAAUUUUAGAUGCAUUCUUGUACUUGACGAAAAGAACCUACCAAAAGCGGAUCCACCACUCUUGAAUCGUUUUGAGAAACAAAAGAUGACAAUCAAUGAUAUUCUAUCAUCUGAUGAACUUCUGUUAGUACAGCAAUUAUCAAAUUGGGCACAGAAUAUGUCGACCAUUAUGUCAUUGAGUGAAUUUGUCCCAACGCACAAAAAAUUUACUCAAAAAGAUUUGUUCAUUGGAUUUGACCAAGACGAAACUUUACAAAGUUUGGUGAUAGAUGUUAGAAAAAAUAAUCCACAACUUCAAUUGGAUGAGAUACUCGUAAGGUGCAAGGAAGCAUUAAUUACUAUCGCUUCCUCAGAUGGAAUUAUAAGAGCUGAAAAGAGUGCACUGAGUCGUGACGAAGUUGAUUAUUGGAAGAAUGUUUAUUUUAAUUUACAUAAUGAUCAUAUCGCUGAUUAUUUUAAAAAUUUAUUUUGUGAUCAAAAUCCGAAAGCGACCGCUGAUGGACAACAAGUGAUCAUCAACACAUUUUCAAAUAUUAAUGCAGACGUUAAAGUAUGUUUACAAGGUAUCACCACAUGUACUGUGUUAAAGCUCUCAACAUUCAAAACAGAGGCUCAAUUUCAGAACAGGAUUAAGCAUUUUUGGUUUGAAUCACCGAGUGUUCAGACAUUGAUUCUACAAUGCGACGUCACAACCGUUAAUUUUGGAUGUAUUAAACUAGCUAAAUUCAUAAUCGAGCAAUUUAGGAUAGAUUAUUUGAAUAUGAAGCAACAACAACAGAACACACAUGAUACAAUUACUAAGCAUGUUUGUAUUAUUCUUCAUAUUCAUCGAGAUCGUAAGACUUCCUUUGAAUCAUUUAAUUUUAUGUGUGGAUGGAAACAAGUCACAAUCGAAUCUUUGAUUCCUCAAGAAAAAUCUUUGUCCAGUCUUUUGAAUGGAGAUCUAUGUGACGUUAUUAAUACCUUGUAUUCUUUUGAAGACAUUUUGCAACAAGAAUUAUUGUGGUGCUUGUUGUGUAUGAAAUAUCCAUCAGACGUCAAGUCGAUUAAUCACAUCAAAACACUUAUUGCAGAGAUUCCUCAGCAACCAGAUUUGGUCAAUUUUUUAAAAACCAAAACAUUUGAAUGGCUUCAAGAUAACUCAUCCAACGAUUGGCAAUAUCAUGUUGCAUCUGACAAAAAAUUAUUGUAUCCCUAUUCUUCAUUUUCAACAGCUUUACAAUCUCACAUACGUGCACUGGUUCGAAUACCUAUCGCUAAACUUCUUUGUUGUCUUGAACGAUUAUUUUUAACAAAGACUUUCUUGAAUCUAAAAUGGUCAACAUCCAAGCAUUCUAAAUUAUUACUUGAGUUUUGGAAACAAAUGACUAAUGACAGAGAUCUUUUAAAUACUCAUGAGCUAUCAGAACCGAAACCAGAUGGAUACUUAAUGCCAAAUAUUUCCUAUGAUCUUCAAUUCCCAUUUUCCUAUUAUUUUAUUAAACAAAUUGAUACUUUCAAAAAACUUUAUGGGGAAGAGAUUCGUUUACUUCAAGAAAAUCCUACUAAUAUUGAUCCUAACACGGGAAAACUUUACGAUUAUAUUUUUGAAGAUUACAUAAUGGGCUUGAAAAAUAAUAUUAUGGUCUCAAUUCCUAAUCUCAAUACAUCUCCACUUGAAUAUGCGCCAGAAUUAUAUUUAGAAGAUUUCAUCACUAUUAUUUCUGCUGAUAGAUCAAGCAAAAAAGACAUUCCAAUUCUAUUAUUUAUUUUUAAAUACAAUCUUGGAUCUGAGAAAGUAUUAGAUCCUAUUUUAGUUCACGCUUUCUGGUGGGAGCAUUCCAAUCAGAUUAUGGCAGAAUUUCAGCUGGCCAAGUUAUGUCCUUCAAUUAUUAAUGAAACUAUCUUCGAGAAUGGAAAAACAACAAAUAUGCCAUUUGGAUAUUAUCUCAUCGAAGGAAUUACUAAGAUGAUGUUUCAAAAAUUAAAUAGCAUCAAACCUGGAACAUCAGCAGCUAUUCAAUUUCAAUGCUGGCAACGAGAAGUCUCCAAGGUUUUAUCUCUCAGCGAAAGACUCCCGGAGGCUUCAACAUUUGCAUCAUUACAUUUAUUACAAGUAUGUCAUAAUUUUGUUUCAGCGGAUUCAAUCUCAAUAUCAAAUAUGAAAGAAAUAAUGAAAGCUGGAAAAGGAUCAAAGGGUCUCGAUAUAUUCAAUCAAAAAUUUAUCGAAACAAUUUUUUCGUUAAUGAAAAAGCUUUCAAAUAAUAAUGAGAAUUCUAUUCUGAAAUUAUCUUUUAUUAACAAAUGUCUUGAUAUGGUUCCUAAAAAUUCACCUUCUCAUAAGGAUCUUUAUCAGAAUAUAUUUUCACAAAAGCCCUUUCAUUUUAUGAGCCCAAUUAUAAUUCGUGUGUUAAAGUGUGAAGAAAAAGAUUGUGUAUUUAUGACGCUUAUUAAAAAUCCAAAUCAAAUUUUCACUCUUUCUUCAAGGCUAAACCUUAUUAAUGAAUGUUUAAAAGCACAAGGACUUGAUUCGGCAAUGUCAACUUUAUGUUGUGACAUUAUUCAAAAGUUGUUCUUCGCGAAAUUAUCAUUUCAAGAAUUAGCAAAUAACUUUAGAGAUGUUGUUGACGUACUUAGUGACACUAAUGCCGUAGCUUUACAAAAGAUUUGUGCUAUAGCGUUUCUCAAAGAAUUCGCAAAACAAUUUUGGGAUUAUUCAAUUCAGGAGAACAUAAUGGAACCAAUCAAGUUUGAAGCUGCGAAAAAAAUUGGUGGCUUUGAUACAAACGCACUAAUUCAAGAAAUAAACGUUUCUAUGAAUUUAAUUGAUCCAUUAAUUUAUUCAUUCAAGAUAUAUUUCUUAAGAGAGUUGCGUAACAAAGGUUUGUCUAUGAACGAAGUUCGAAGGUUUUGUGAAGCACAGCAACAAAUAUUACCAUGGCUUGGUGACUUGCCUUGGGAUUCCAACAACGAAACAAGGCUUCCAUUUAAUCCGUAUUGGAGCCUUAAAGAUUACAUUACGGUUGAAAAGAGUUUUACUACUCUUCAUAGCCUUAACAACAAAGCAUCAUUUAAUCUCUUUUUUACAUCAUUAAAAAAGAAAGAAUCGGCUGAUAAAUCCUUGAUAGCUUUAAUAGGUUUUAUUAUUAGUCGACUUCAUGUAAUAAGGGCUUCACGCGAUUGGACAGAGGAAGAAAAAAAGAUAGCGGAAUUUUUAAAAGAAAAAGUUGAUCAUUUAAGUGUCCCGUCAACCAUAUAUAAACAGACUAUCAACAACAUAAUAUCAAAUAACCAUUCAUUGCUUAGAAUAAAUCAGAACGUUACAAAUUCCGAAUUACUCGUAAAAUCUGUCAUUGGCCAUGUUAUUGCAUUACAUGCGUCAAUUCCAGCGGAAUCUACCCCUUUAGCAUAUAUGCUACAUAACUUGAAUAAUUGUUCUGACCUAUUUAUACCUACCUGUGUUUCUGAUAUCGAAGCACUGAUUAUCUCAGCCGUAAUCCAGAGCGGGCAAGUAACUCGAUAUUCCUGCGAAUGUGGAUAUAAAUAUGUAAUAGCAGAUUGUGGUAAGGCAUACUCCAUUGGCACUUGUCCUGAAUGCAAGAAAGUAAUUGGAGGGCAUAACCACAUUUCGGCACCAGGACAAAAAAAAUUGGAUUCAAAUCCAAUCACUAAUACUAUUGCUGCAAGAGAUAAACCCGGGUAUAUUAUGGAAUCAGAAAGUCCCUCAAUGUUACAUUGUCUUCGUUCUUUGACCCCGGUUUCUUAUAGAAUUUUACAUUUAUUUGUUCAUGUAAUAAUUGGAGCUUGGGCGCAUACAUCAAUUGCAAAAUCUUUUUUAGAUAAGAAUAAUCAGGCGAAUACUAAUGUUUCAACUUAUUGUAUGGGUCAUAUUACCAACGACUGGAACGUACUUCUAAGAAUCUUGAAUACAUCACAUGAAAAUUUAGCAUUAUUAUUGCAUUCGAUUCUCGACUUGAUGACAAAUUCACCUCCCAAAAAUACAUCAUUAAGGAAAGCAGCAGAUCGUAAAGAGUGGGAAUCAUAUUUUUCCGAAAAUUAUAUUUCCCCGCUUGUAAAAUCAAUUACAACAACAGCAAAUAAUUUCCAGAAUCAAAUCGAUACAGCCGCAACCAACUCAAAAGAUAGCGUCAACAGAAUUGAAGGAGAGAUCAAUCAAACCUUAAAGAUGGAUAAACAGCAUAAUCUGGAACACCUCCCAAAGCUGUGGCGCAUAAUUUGUGAUAUUAACUUUGAAAGUUUCCGUGCAUUCUAUUUUGCUGACCUGACCAAACAUUCAAAAAGUUUUCCGUUUCUCUCUGUAUUCUAUAAGCAUAAACAAAAUUUAGAACUUAUUAAAUACCUUUUACCAAUUUCAAAAUUUGUACGAAUUUUGUCAACAACACUCGAAUAUCGAUUGAGCAGAACACAAGCACAACAACAGACAUUCCGAGAAUUUAUUGAUAACGAAUCAUAUGAUGACGAAAAGAAUGAAAUAUAUGAUUAUUUGAGUUCAACAUUUGAAGAAUUUGCGAAAGCUUGGAAUACAGUUAUUGACAAAGUUAAAUAUUAUCAAUGUCACCAACUUCCAGCAACGAAACCUCAAAUAAAUCUUAGUUCUCCUAUUGUAUUUGGAUUAGUGGAACCAAAAGACACUGGUGUUUAUCUUUGCGCGAUUCUAGAGUAUUUAAUUGGGUUACAAAAUAAUUUCCUGCAAGAGGUUGCAGAGAUUAAUCCUGGAACCUGUAACUCUCUUAAGUUCUUAGAGGAUGGUUCAUUCAGUAGUGAAAACAAAGCAGCGUCUUCUUCAUCAAACAAAAAUACUAUCACCAGAUAUUACAUUCAAUCGAUGCGAAUAGAUCAAAUGCAAGCCACUAACUUUAUUGAUUUUCAAUGGAGCGACGAUUUUCUUCAACAUAGUCAAAGAAAUCUUGAGAUUGGUCAUGGGCAUGACAUUAUAUAUAAUUUACAAAAGAUUGAAUCUGAACUUGCUCAAUUAUUGGUCUUCGAAAAAGUUCAUAUUAGCACUGCAGAUUCACAAUUAUACAUAGAACCUUUUCCUUACCACAUGGAAUUGUUUCAUGGGCAUAUGAGAAUUAUCAGUGACAUCAAAGAUCUAAUUCCACAGAAACCAAUUUCAACAGAGAAAAUUGGACUUAUUCUUGGAUCUGCAUUUUCCCCAAUAUCCUCUUUCGGAUAUCAAGAGUCUUUAUCUUAUGACAAUGCAUCAGAGCUCCUUUCACAUUUAGAAAUUUUACUUUGUUUUGUUAAAAAAACUUCAGUUGGUGAUGGAGAAAUUUUGAUCGAGGAAUAUGUUAAUCAAUGGAUAAAACUUUCCAACUUGUUCACUAAUGAAUCAUUUAACAAUUUAUUGAAAAUCGGCUUGAAAUUAUGUCAUUUGGUAUCAUUAUAUGAAAUAGUUGAAGAACAAGUAGCGAAUGGUAUAAUCGAAUAUAUAGAUGAUAAAUACAAAUCACCAUUAACGCCUGAAUUAGAACAAGAGAUUAUAACAUCACUAGAUUUUGAAUUGCGUCAACGACAAUUUUUGGAAUUUGAAUUUGAGAUGACAAAAAUUCCUGCAGAAGAUUUUGUGUCAGCAUUAAAAAGAUUUAUGUUAAGAUUUUUAUCAGUGGACUCGAAUAAAGAUAAUGAACCAUUGUCAUUAUAUUUCGGUGAUCCAUCAUUGAACUUGUGGGCAUCUUGGAUUAAUGAAGAAGUGGUUGACAAUUGUUUUCCGGAAAAUUUAUUGGUUAAACACAUCUUUGAAGCAUUUAUGCUCGUUUCUGCUAGGAUUGAGACGAUCAAAAAACAAUUACCUUCUGCAACAAAAACGGUGGCAACUAAUAGCCCACCAAUAACAAAAGUCGUAACCAGUAAGAAGGCACCUAAAACAAUUUCAAAAUCUACUAGUACUUUGUUUGCAACUAGGAAAUCAACCCCCAAAAUUUCAAGCUCUAAUGGAACAAGAAGUUUAGAAGCAACAGCUUCAAAAACGCAAUUGACAAAAACAUCUACUUCUCAAGUGCAAAAGAAAGAUACUGUAAAAAAAGGAUAA